AUCUUGUGAAGUGGCUUGAGUGUUGUGCGUUUUGAGUUUAACAUUCGUAAUCUACUUGGAGAUUAAAAAAAAAAGCAUCCAUUAAAUAUGUAUAGACUUGUAACCCUCUUACCUCUACUAAUUUUAGCAUUCCAAAAAACAAGUGCCGAAUUUACCGCAAAAGACUGUCGCGAUCUAGGCUUUAUCAAGUCCCAGCUGUUUUGCUCGUCCUGCAAUACAUUAGGCGAAUAUGGCCUGGAUGAGUUAAAGGAUCACUGUCUGGAGUGUUGCCAGAAGGAUGCAGAGAGCACCGGCAAGCUUAUGGUUUAUCCCAAGGCGGUGCUAGAAGUGUGUACCUGCAAAUUCGGCGCCUAUCCCCAGAUUCAGGCCUUUAUAAAAAGCGACCGCCCUCAAAAGUUCCCAAACCUAACGAUAAAAUACGUUCGCGGUUUAGAUCCUAUAGUGAAGCUGAUGGACGAGGCUGGAAAUGUAAAGGAAACACUGUCAAUUACCAAAUGGAACACCGAUACCGUACAGGAGUUUUUUGAAACGCGGCUCACGAAAGUCACGGAUGAAGGUGACUACCUUUUAACGAAUAGAUUGUAAUCUUUUGUAAUAA